AUGGAUAUUAUAGAUGAUUUACAAACGAAAUUAAUUAAAGAAACAAUUGGUGAAGAUGCAACAGAAGAUGAAAUUCAAUGUGGUUUGAGAAUAUUUCGUAGUGCUCAUCAAUUAUAUUCAAAUGAUAAUGAAUUUCAUAAUUUAUCUCUUUAUGUUCGACAUAAUCGUGCAAAACAAGGAAAUCUUCAUAUUGGAGAUUUGGCAAUUGAUAUUCAAUUAUUGAAUAUGAAUGGUGAAUUUGUAUCAUUAUUAUCUUAUUUUCAUUCAAAUCAACCAUUAUUAAUCAUAGCUGGUUCAUAUACUUGA